AUGUCAGAAAGUUCUUCUCGUAGGGAGAAUGACCAAUUUUCCGAUCGAAAGACAGCACAACUUAUGACACCAGACAAAAAAUCAGCUGUUGCUCCGACCUGUAAUUCUGUCAUGGAAAGAUGUUCAGAUUCACAUUCAUGGAUUUUCCAUAGAGACCAUAGAAAACAACAGCAAACGUCGCCAGCGGAAGAACCAAAUGCACUUGCUAUCUGCGAGCGGCUUCAAAUUGAAACCCGAGAAGAAGUCUGGAACAUUGGGACUCCUCCUUCAACUCCUCCACGUAUCCAGGUGGCAAGCGAAACACAAGUUUCUAAUGCAGUCGACUCAAGAUCUAUGAUGGAAUUUCGCGACUCGGUUCGGGGCCGUCAUCUCCUUCAGAAGGCGGAACUGGGUGUUGCAAUCAAUCGUAGGAAAUACAGCUCGACAAAUGCUUGUGGGAAAUCAACUGCUAGCGAGAGUGAUGAGAGUAAAAAAAAUGAUGAUGAGCUCUUGACGUCACAAUGUAGAGUAGGGAGUGCCGAAAGAGAUUCUACCUCCUUCUCAAAGAGUACAUCGCCCAAUGCUGCAGCUCCACCUUCUACCCAGAGUCAACGCUUUAGUGCUGAUUUCACUGGGAGUCAAGGGAACACGGAAGAACAGCCAAGCAGCUGCCCCAGAACUCCCGUGAGCACUGCCAAUGACGAUUGUGAUGAGGCCGAGAAGUCAAUCACAUCGAACCACAGCGGCGACCCGCCUGCUGCAACCUAUGGAUUAGACUCAGUUUCGACACAGAGCAAUAGUCUUGAGGCUGAUUUCUCGUUGAGUUCAGGUAGCGCGGACGAGGGCAUGGUCAGCCCAAGUAUUAGUUUGCAUUUUAGUCCAUACGCGGGUGGCGUGAAUACCGGGAAACCGCUAUGUGAAGCUUUGGUACAUUUGUCUUGUGAUUCUAGUCGCAAAGAAUCAUCUUCUACAUUACAGUCCAAGACAAACAUGAUUAGACGCGGGGCAGGGAGAAGAUCAAUGAGUCGCCGCUGGGAAGUGUGGAACCAUCCUCUAUGCUCGUUGCAGAGACUGAAUAAUCUAAGCAAGUAG